UACUUCUUUAUUAGUUGAAAAAAUGGGAAAGCAACUUAAUAUCCAAUCUCAAGAAAUUAUUGAUAAGGAGAUGGCGAAUAUCAAUAAUGGAAAAAAUAAAGAUAAUAAUUUGAAGGGAAAAGGUACUGAUAUAUCUGAGGGAUCCAAUAAAAGACCUAUUGAAGUUAAUUCUGAAGAGCUGAAUAUCACGCAAGAUAAAUCCCUCAGUAAAAAACAAAGAAGUGGUGUUUGGGCUAUCUGA